UUAGAGUGUCUCCUCCUCUUCCUCUACCCCUUCUCUCCUCCAUGGCUCCCAUUCAUUGCUCUCCUGUCUCCUCCUUUCUGCUCCACUCCCUCCCUCUUUUCACUCCUCUCUGCUCCCCGCCACCCAUUUCUCCGGGAUCAUCUGCCUCACUGAUCAGACUGCCAGACAUGCUGAGGUAUGAGCAUAAAACCAUGAAGAGGAAGUAGAAGAAAUUGAAGAAUGCUUCUCAGAAACCGAUUUCUUUUACUGCUGGCCUUAGCUGCUCUCCUGGCCUUUCUCAGCCUCAGUCUGCAAUUCUUCUCCAGAUGGUUGCCUGUUAGCAUGCAGCUUAAAACAGGAACACAUAUACAUCCAGAGUUUGCAGUGCACCUAAUUGCAGGUGCCCAAGGCAGAGAAGAUGAUUUAAACGCUAAAAAUCGUAAAAGGAUCAUGCCUAAUCCCUUGACGGAACCUCCUGCAAUAGAUCCUCUCUAUGAAGCAAGCCUCUACUGUAAUACCCCUGGAAUAACAGAGAGAAGCAUGGAAGGUCAUGCACCUCACAACAUGAAAUUACUGUCCGUCCAGGUGUUAAUCCGACAUGGAGACCGCUACCCUUUAUAUGCCAUUCCUAAAACUAAAAGACCCGACAUUGAUUGUGUCCUGGAGCCAAGCAGGAAACCGUCCCAUCCACGUUUAACAGAUUUUAUUAGCCAUAUGUCAAGAGGAGCAGAAGGACAGAUGGACGGUAUUCUGAACGGCCUUCCUCGUUUUCCGAGCCAUUCAUUUUGUGAAAUGGGAGAACUUACUCAAACAGGUGUUGUACAACAUUUGCGUAAUGGACAGCUACUAAGGGACAUAUACAUAAAGAAACACAAAUUGCUAUCAAAGGAUUGGACUGCAAAGCAACUCUAUUUGGAAUCCACUGGAAAAAGCCGAACAUUGCAAAGUGGGCUGGCCCUACUCUAUAGCUUUUUGCCUGAGUUUGACUGGCGCAAGAUUAACUUUAAACACCAAUGGAGUACCAUAUUUUGUUCUGGCCACUGUGACUGCCCAAUGAGGAAUCACUUUCUCGAAGAGGAGCAGCGUCGCCAAUAUAGUUUCCGGGUUAAGAACAUCAAUCUGGAGAAGACUUACAUCAGUAUGGCAAAGGUAGUGGGUGUACCCACCAGGCAGUUGAGAGCUUCCAACCCUAUUGACUCAUUACUUUGUCAUUUUUGCCACAAUGUUAGUUUCCCUUGUACCAAAAAUGGUUGCAUUGAUAUUGAGCACUUUAAGGUUAUCAAAUCUCACCAGAUAGAAGAUGAAAAAGAGCGACAUGAAAAGCAGUUAUAUGUUAAGUAUGCUAAGCUUGCCACUCAUCCCCUGUUGAAUCAGACUGUCAAUAGAAUGUAUCGAAUUGCACAAGGCAAAAAAGAAGACAUUUUUACUUUAUACUCCGCCCAUGAUGUGACUCUCUCACCAGUUCUCAGCUCCAUGGGUCUCACUGAAGCCAGAUUCCCCCGGUUCGCUGCUAGGUUGGUCUUUGAACUGUGGCAUAACCCCGAGAAGAAGAAAGAGCAUUAUGUUCGAAUCCUUUACAAUGGGGAGGAUGUCACUUUUCAGACCUCUUUUUGUCGAGACCAUGAAAGGCGUUCCAACCAGCCUCUCUGUCCCCUUGAUAAAUUUGCCAAAUUUGUACAAAAAGAAUUGUUUUUAGCUCUUAAUAGCACUAGUUAUUAUGAUGCAUGUCAUCAAAGAUCAGUUUAAGGGAAGUCACAGUAGAGCAGGUAGGACUUGCCAUAUUCAAAACGGUACAGAAGAAAUAAUAUACCACAACAAGUGACUUAUUUUUUUGUUUCAUUAUUGGCACUGUGUAGACAGCACAGAACGCCAUGAGACUGGCACAUUUUUUCUCGUGUCAGUUGUGUAGAUGAAUUAAUGGUAUCGACAAAUUGCUGCUCAGAGAGACAGUACAAUGUUAAAAAGGAACUCUAUUAAGGGAUUAUCCUUUA